AUGACUUUCGCUAUCGAGAACGCUUUCGCUCUUGCGAUCUUGGGGGACCACAACCCGGACACCUCGACUACCAAAGACCUCAUCUACAGAACAGACUUGGCAUUCUGGAGAGUUAGCACUCGUAUCCUCGAGGGUAAUACAAGCCUUCCCAGCGAUAAAGCUGACGUCUUUGAGGGAACCUUCACCCUUUCCAUGCUCGGCGAACGCGUCACCUCCGGCGUCGAUGCCAACACUCUAGUUGCCUCGGCCACACAAGUCUAUCUCAGCAUCCGUGGACGCCUGAUCCGCGGCGAAUGCGUUCUUCCAUCUCCUCAAAGCACCAUGGGCACCAGAAGACCCGAUCCAUCCGUUAUUGUUCUGUUCGGCCUCAACACCGCGUUCCCUGCUACUGAAUCAGACGUCGCCGAGUACCCGGACAACAUCAUCAACGGUGAGUAUGAAGAAACGAUGUCGUUCAACCUGGAACUUAACCUUGCACUUGCUAUUCGCAUGGAGCAAGUGUCCACCAGCACAACUAACGAGGGCAUUCGUCGUGCUACCGAGAACGCAUUGCGAAAUAUCCAGCAGAGAUUCGAAAGCGGGAACUAUAAUCUCCCCAGAGCUACGAGAGCCUUUGAGCGACAGCUCAUCAUGGCAAUCCUUAUGGAACAGGAAACCCGGAACCUCGGCCUCGAAGCGCUCAUUAUACGAACAACGACAGCCUGGGGUCGCAUUUCGGCUCGCCUGAAUCAAGGCCGUACCCCCUUUCCCGAGCCUUACCAUGUCAUCGCUGAGGAUGGAGACGAAGACAUCUCGAUUCAGGAGCGUCUACGCAGAAUGGGACUCGAUCCCAACAGCUUCGAUCUCACCGGCUUCACCUCCAGCCUCCUAGAUGACCCUGCCAACAGCAAUAACGAUGGCACUGCCCAGCCUCACGCUGACAUGAGCGCUGCUAUUAGAACAAGCGGCAUUAUCUCUGGCCAAGCUGCAGUCUUCGCUCCCGUGGUUGCUGCCCCUGCUGCCGUUGUCGGCCAGAGUGGCAAGGUCGCCGCGUCUGGAAAGCCUCGGAACCGAAAGCGCGGCAAAGACAUGUAUGGGUGCAACGUCUGUAAUCAGGCCAAGAAGUACACUUCUGCCUGUACUCUUUACAGACACAAAAAGAAGAAGCACGGCAUCCCCACACCCGGAGAUCUCCGCAAGGAGAGACAGCGUGCCCUGCAGGAAAGCCAGGCCGCUCAAGCUGCCGUAGAUCCGGAUUCGUCCAAUGGAUCCGAUGGAGCCAACGAAGCUGGCGACGAAGAUGAGGAGAUGGAGGACGGAUUCGAGGAUGAAGAGAGUAAAUAA